GCGAUUAAUUUAGAGAGAGUAUGGCCUUGGUUGUGACAACAAUACUGUGGUCGGUGAUCACAAUUUUAUCAUCAAUUUGUUCAGUAGGGUUUGGUCUGAGUUGGAAUUAUUAUGACAAAAGUUGUGCGAAUGUUGAGAGUAUAGUAGCCAAAGCCGUUAAGGAUGCUACUGCAAAUGACAAAACCGUACCCGCCGCACUUCUCAGGUUGCACUUUCAUGAUUGCUUUAUCAGAGGUUGUGAUGGUUCGGUGUUAUUGGAGUCGAGAGGUGGAAAGAAAGCGGAAAGGGAAGGAGCUCCGAACCAAUAUCUCCAUGCAUUUUAUGUGAUAGAAAAUGCUAAGAGAGCUGUUGAAGCUGUCUGUCCCGGCAUUGUGUCGUGUGCUGAUAUAUUGGCCUUUGCUGCUAGAGAUUCUGUCGUUUUAGUAAGCAAUUCCUUUCCAAUACGACCCACAUGGAAUGUUCCAAAAGGAAGGAAGGAUGGAAGGACAUCAGAAGCCACUGACACUGCUCAGUUGCCAUCUCCCACAUUCAACAUUUCUCAGCUCCAACAAAGCUUUGCUCUAAGAGGCCUCUCCUUACAUGACCUCGUUGCUCUUACAGGUGGGCAUACUCUAGGGUUCUCACACUGUUCAUCAUUCGAAAAUAGAAUCUACAACUUUAACUCGACCCAUGACACGGACCCGAGCAUGCACCCAUCUUUUGCGGCGAGCCUAAAAGGCAUUUGCCCCGUCAAUAACAAGGCCAAGAAUGCGGGCACCUCCAUGGAUCCUUCUCCUACAACCUUCGACAAUACCCACUAUAAACUCAUACUCCAUGGUAAAACUCUCUUCUCUUCUGACCAAGCUCUUCUCACCACGCCACAAACAAAAAGUUUAGUCUAUAAGUUUGCUACCUCCAAAAAAGCUUUCCACACCGCAUUUGCCAAGUCCAUGAUCAAGAUGAGCAGCAUCAAUGGAGGACAAGAGGUCAGAAAGGAUUGUAGGUUUAUAAACUGAAAAGAGAGCUGUAUGUAUAUUUACAUAUUAUUAAUUAGCCAAAUUUAGGCAUAUAUAUUUUUAUACAUAUAUAUGCCGUUGCACUAUAUGAACUAAAUGUAAUUUUUCUUCAAUGUUCGUUUCGUUUGUAUGAGAAGAGAAAUUUUAAAUGUACUUGUUAGUGUUUACGUUCUUGAAAAUGCUACCUGUACAAUUUUUGUACAACAUUUCAUAGAAAAAAGAUGUGGCAUGAUGUGGAUGGUUCAGAUGUACAUUGAAAAUUUUAAGUAAUGUUGUCAACUAUAAUUGUACAUUUAGCAUUGCCCUUACAUAUUUUAACUGUAAGCUAUACAUGUUGG